AUGGCUGGUGGAAAGGGUACCGUGUUCGUCAGCAAGGCUGCUUUCAAGUCGUCAACACCUAGGCUGGUGUUCUUCUGCCUGGUGUAUGCCAUGGGAAGUAUCUUCUUUGGCUAUGAUGGAGCAUCUUUUGGCGGCGUUCAGGCCUUUACGCCUUUUGUGCGCCAAUUCGGUCACUACAACGAAGCCAAGGCAAAAUACGCUAUCAGCAGCGUAACGAUCUCUCUGAUGAACAGCCUGCCACUUCUCGGAAAGUUCACUGGUACCGUUAUUGUUGGCCAGUUGACAGAGAGAUUUGGACACAAGUGGACCAUGUUCGUAACUUGCUUGGUCCAGAUUGUUGGCGCUAUCAUUCAGGUCACAAGCCAUGCAGUCCCCCAGUUCGUGGUUGGCCGCUUUCUAGUCUACACGGCUGUCGGUCUAGUUGAGAACGUUGUGCCCACCUAUCAGUCUGAGAUUGCCCCGGCCCCGUUGAGAGGCUUCUUCGUGGGCUCAAUCCAACUUUGCCUAACCUUUGGAUCUCUUAUUGCGGGUAUCGUCAACAACUCUAUGUCGAAGAGGAGCGAUGCCUCAGGAUGGCAAAUUGCUACCGGUAUCCAAGCAGUCCCUGCAGCGAUCAUUCUGUCACUGUUGUUCUUCACACCAGACUCGCCUCGUUGGCUCAUGUACAAGGACCGAACUGAGGACGCUCUGAAGUCACUACGUCGAGUACGUAGGCAAGAGGACGUCGACAACGGUGUUUGUGAAUUGGAACUUGCCGCGAUGCUCGAGGAUGAGCGGGCUACAAAGCACAAGGGCUCUUGGUUUGAUCUCUUUAAGGGAACCAACCUACGUCGAACAACUAUUGCAUGCAGCAUUAUGGCGCUGCAACAAUUGACUGGUGUCACCUUCUCCUCCUCAUACGGUCCGACCUUUUACAAGUCAGUCGGACUGAGCAAGAUGGCUUUUGCUUAUGCUGCAAUCAGCAACGGUGUCUCAGUGGUCACAGCUCUGAUCGCUAUGAUAGUCCUUGACAUGUUUGGACGGAGAGAUGUGACGUUCCACGGUUGCUGGUCACAAGCUCUGUUCCUUGGACUCAUUGGAGGUUUGGGCUCCAAGUCCAACCCGUCUUCAAGCGAGACCGAAGGCAUGGUUGCUUCAUUCAUCAUCUACGCAGCGAUCCUACACGCGUCCCUAGGUCCAUCCGCAUACAUUACGGCAGCAGAAGUUGGAACUGGUUCUCUCCGAGAGAAGACAAUGGCUGUUUCGACCGCAGUCAACGUCAUUGUCGGUUUCGUGGUUGUUUUCACUACUCCUUACCUCAUGGACAUCCUAGGUCCAAAGCUCGGAUAUGUCUGGAUGGGUUUCGCUAUCCUGGGAUCCGUCUGGACUUGGUUCUUCAUGCCAGAACUCAAGGGUCGUAAUCUCGAGGAAAUUGACCAGCUAUUCGAGGCUAAGCUGCCAGCCUGGCGUUUCAGCGAUUUCGAGACAACUGGAUUGGGACACGAUAUCGCAGCCAUGGAGCAGGGCAAGAUGGAUACAAAGCUGGCAGGAGAACUUGCGGAGGUGGAAUUGGAGCAAGUCGAGAGGAGAAACGACAGGUCCCAGACUGCCCUAGAGUAG